CGUUGCUAACAACUUUGCCCAAAGAGAGCUGAAACUAAUACACAGCCACCUGGAGAGUGAAAAAAGCAGCGUUUAAGUACUGCACUAAUCAUUAUGCCUCGAGGCAGAGCCAACAGUGCACUCUCUGACAGCAAUGACGUGGACUUUGAUCGCAUUGCUGAGACAGAGGUGACAAAGCUGCAGAGACAGUAUCGUAUGAUGGAGUCUGAUCAUCAGGCCCACAAAAUGCAGUCGGAACAUAUUAUCCGCAAGCAGAGGGAGGAGAUUUCGAAGCUGCGCGAGGAACAGGAGGAGCUGCUGCGCAGUCUGCGUGUGUCCGAGUGUCAGGCACGCAGACAGAGCGACAGUCAAGACACUCAGAGUCUGAGGACACUGCUGGAGCGAAGUGACGUGCUGGACGAGCAACUGGAGAGCGAGAGACAGACUCAAUCACAGCUGAAGCAGGAGAUCAUGAAUAUGGAGAAAAGGCUGGAAGAACUGAGGAGAGGAGAGGUCUCGGAGCCACGUCUCACGUCUCAGAGCCGUCACGCUCAGAAAGCCACUCGCACCCUGGAGAACAAACUGAACCUGGCUCUUGUGCGCUUUAAUGAGUUGAUGACUAAGAACAGCCAGCUCAGAGAAGAUAUCGAAACCCUUCGUAUGGAGCGUGUCCGAUUUCAGCAGCUGCAUCGCAAACUGGAGAAGAAGCUGCAGGAUAUUCGUAAGGAGAUAAGAACAGCUUACGAUGUAAGAGCGGAGGCUCAGGCUGAAAUGAGCAUGAUGAAGGAGAUGUCCGGGAAGGAUCUCGUACAGUACUUGUCUGAGACGAAGGAGCUGGAGAGAGUCAUCGCUCACGAAAGGCGACUCAAAGAGUUCAUGAAUGUCAAAUGUCAUGAGCGAACCACAUUAGAAGACGGUCGCAGAACUGAGAUGAAGGAGCAGAGGAAAACAGACGCAGGUGAAGACACACCGGAUACUCUGGAGGAGGUUUUCCAGAAGAUUCAGGAGAUGACUGGAGAGAAUGAUCUGGAGAUGUUGGUUACAAACUUCAUUCAAGUUGAGGACAGAAAAUUUGCUCUCUUCAACUAUGUGAAUGAACAGAACACGAAGACUGAGAUACUGAGAGAACAAAUACAUAAGAUUCAUGAAGAGAUGGAGCAGUUCCGCUUAGAGGGUGUCCAGCGGGAACAGGAAUAUCAGGUGGCUUUAGAGCAGGUGAAGGAUCGACAGAGAGAGUGCGAGACGCAAGCUCAACAGUAUGAAGCCCAGGCGGAUGAUAUUAGCAAGACCCUUGGUCAGAUUAAAGCAGGGGUGGAGAGUGUGUUUAGUAAGACUGACUGUGACCGAGCUCUGGUGGAAGAUACGAUGGCUUCCUCCACUGGGAUCAGAGACAGUAACAUCAUCAGUUAUCUCGCUCUGCUGGAGCAGAAAGCCACCGAACUGCUCGCUAUGCAAGCUUUCAUAAACUCUAAGGACCUGGAAAAGAAUUACGACCCGGAGAUGACGGCUCAGUUCCUGCUGGGUCAGAAGCCAGGGAUAGAGAGACAGGUGGCUGUCGUUCAGCCUUCCAUUAACAGGGACAAUAGUGAGGUUGAGGAUUCUCCACUCACAGAUGAGGAGGAUCGACCUUUGAGUCAGGGAGAGCUCCUUCAGCACAUCAGGAGACAUGUCUCGCACAAAAAGGAUUCAGUGCUUACAGGACGUGGAGAUGCUAAAACCCCCAAAAAGAGCACAGUGUCUAGCAGACAGCGCUCCCUCUAAUAUUAAAACACAUCCUGCUUUUUUUAAGUUAAACAUUUUGUUGUUGUUGUUAUUUCUCUUGUUUUUGUGUAUGUUAGUCUUUCAUGGUUGUAGAUGAGUUAAAAUGAGUGAUUGAGUGAAAGUCAAACGCAUUCAGAUGUUGUAGCCUCACACUAACAGAAGGGGGCAGCAUGUAGCCAUGCUAGAUAAUGCUAGAUUUCCCACAAGACUUUUGGAUGUAAAAUAUGUCUGGCCAUAUAAAUAGAAUGUAUUUCCUUGUCUUUUAGUUCUUCGUUUGGUUAAAUAAUCAGUCAAGUUGUCACUAGCUGUUAUUUCAUGUUCCUAUUUAAGGUAGAGCUGCAUUAAAGUGACAGAAAUAAAAGUUUCCAUGUAUUGUUUUCCAGAGGUCAGAUUGUUUUUAGUCCAUCUUUAGACACAGCAUCUGCAAACAGAUUAUUGCUUUUGAACAUUCUUGCACAUGUUAACAUUUAUGUUUAUUUUAUUAUCCGUUUGUUUUUCUGUGCCAAACUCUGCUUCUAAAUAUUCUGUUUUUGUAGCCCCUUGAGGAUUAGUGUCUUUUAUGUCAGUCAUGCUUAAAAUACUCCCAUCUCAAUUUCAUCCUGCGAACACAAACUCACACAGAUAAUGCAUCUGACGCAACUCAAGAUGGAAGUUUAGAUGCUUUGAAAUAUGACCCCUUUUUAACCCCCUCCAUUUGCGGCUAAAUGUUUUUUGCGCACGGCCCGCCUUGUUACCGUAGCAACGCUCUCCUUUUUUUCAUUUCAUUUCCUUAUACUGAAAACGGCUUCAUCUCACCCACUCACAAGGACCGCCCACACUGCAGAGCAAGUGGCCAAUCAGAGCUCAUGCUGACACAAAGAAAAACACGCAGACUACUAGAACUCACAUAUUUACUAUCAGUAGCUGUGUCUGAAUUCGCCCACUAUCUCAGAUAUAGUGCACUAUAUCGGGUGUCCGCCAUUUUGUAGUGGUGUCCGAAACCUGAGGGAACGACUUCAUUCCCUACAUUCGUUCACUCUUUUUACCCACAAUGCACUCGGAUUUUGAGUGUACAUUCGAUCGAUGAACGCUCAUUCACUCACUACUUCAAUACAAUUUGAUACAAUGCGAAUCAACUGUCUGAUUAGAAUCAGCUGCAGGAGAGUGACGUUUACACACUUGUGUUUGUUCUUGUUGACAGUUAUUUUCUACUUUUUGAGAAUAAACAGAUUAAAUGAAUGUUAUA